AAUAUAAUAUUACCGUUUGUUUAACUGUUCGUCGCCAGGUGGCAACCUACGCGCUAAAAAUCGUAACGACUCGAUUAAAAAAAUGUAGCCACACCAUCAUCACUAUCAGUCGCGCUAAUUUUGAAUAUUUGUUGGUACGGCCAUUAAGUUUCGAAGAUGUCUUCGCACCGAGACGUCGUCCUCGGGCCACACGUUUCUCACCGACAAAAGGAGCUGCUCGUCUCCUUCAUGGAGGAGCACCCCUACUUGGCGAAGGCGUCAUGCGUGCUGGGGCCAAUGCUUACCGUGGCGCGGAGAAGCGAGCUGUGGAACGAGCUGGCCGCCUUGCUCCACAUGGAAGGCCCGGCUGUGAAGACAGCGGCCCAGUGGCGGCAGUACUGGAAGAAAGAAACCUACAGUUCCCGUCACGACGCCGCUGUCUUAUCAGCCGAGCAACAGGGAACUGGUGGAGGGCGCCUGCAAGGGCUUCGCGGCCGCAUUCUUACAUUGGUGGGCCGCAGCAGCGCGACCGGCGUCUGUGCGCCAUUUUUCGUUCGACCAGAGCAGGCGCCGCAUUCUACUAUAGGUGUGCCCCGCGUAGCGCGCAUGGCCGUCGGCACGAGACCUGGAACGAGUGGUGUCGCACGUGGUGAGCCGCAACAGCAGCAACAGCAUCGGGAGCCGCAGCAGCGCCAGGAGCCGCAUGAGGGACUAGCACAACCUGCAGCCAGCCUGCUGGACCAUGAAUAUUGUGCGGAGCCACCGACUAGGCCAGCACCUACACGCCAGGCACGUCGUCCAAAUCGCGGACCUCGUGUAAUUGUCGAGGAGGUGAUGGGCGAGGUCGCAGAGAACUACCUGCAGUCGGUGAGGCUGCAUGAGGAGAAUAACCAGAUGUUACGUCAGCUAGGCCCAACAGUGCAGCAGAUGGCCGCUGCUGUGGAAAGAAACGCUGCGGCUGCCGAGCGGACUGCUGCAGCUGCCGAGCGGAGUGCUGCAGCUGCCGAGCGGGCUGCUGCUGCUGCUGAACGGACUGCUGCCGCUGCCGAGCAGCAAGGACGAGAAAAUUCAGUUUAAUUAUUCAGAAAAUCAGUUUAAUUUAUUUCCCAUUUAUGUUUCAGUUUGCCAUCAAGUGCAGUGCAGCUUUUUUUUCUUUGUUCUGUUUCUGUUUUAUGUUUCUGGUCGGCGUCCAUUUUGCCCUUGACUGUUGUGCAAAGUCCCUUUCGCAAAGAACUGCUAAAGCGUGGAGUUUUUUUUAAUAUUUUGUAAAGUCGAGCAACUCUACGAUAAAAUGACCUUUGUAGCGAAAGAAUUAAUCUGUCCCACUCCUAUUGUGAGCUGUGUGACUUUUACAACGAAGUGAUCUGUAUAAUCAAUUGUUUUGGAGGCCCCAAACAUUUUAUUAUAAACAUGUUCGAGUGUAGUUAGUUCACCUAACAAAACUGCUUUGUCUGAAUAUAUGGAAAACUAGAUGCACCCGGAGCAUCCACAUACUUGCUAUCGCAGUAAAAUGAACAGGCCAUCGAUGUUUUGCCAAAGUUUUUUUUCUAGAGGGCGUCUACUCGUGCGCAUGCUGCCAAUACAAUCCAGAGGAGAUGUUCAGUGGUUCUACAACAGAAAAGCUGUCCUGAGGGAUGAACAUGACGCGAAAUGUUGCAAUGCACAUUUUUAUUUCAUGCCAUGGAAAGCCAUAACAAUACCUCUCACUACUAUGACAGCUCAAUUAUUUUGUGUACUUUCUUGCCAUCUGACCACCUGGCGCUCAUUACUAGUCAGAUGAUGAAAAAUUUCAUAUUUUUAGAGUCCCAGAGUGUUUUCAUUUUGACAGAUGAAUUUACCUUGAAAUGCUGCAUCAAAUAGUCAUAUUUCGUGUGAUAUGAAUUGUUAUGUGAUAUGUUGAAUUAUGAAUGUGGCAUGAUAUGUUGUUUCAUGAACAGUGCAUUAUUUCUGUUAUGGGUACUUUGAAUGUUUACUUAUUCUUUGUAAUUUGGUUUGAGCUUAGCACCUGUUGGUUGCUCUAGUCAUGUGAUGAAUGUUUAUUUUGAAAGUUUGUUUUUAACUUCUUGUGUGAGCCUGAUAUUUGUGGCUUAAUGUAACGUAUAUUGUCACACGCACCAAUGUUAUACAAAUUCGUAACAGGCAUCAUGACGUGUGGUUCUUUUAUGAAUGCGUAUGUUCACGUUAUGGCAGCUCUAAAAGGUCAUUCAUUUUUUUGUUAUCUGAGCAAGUAGUGGUAGCUCCUAGUCGGUUGAGAAGUACAUUUUUUCUUUACAUUUCUUCCUCGUUUACGCGUUCACGAGGGUAUAAUAGGCGAGGACAUUUUCUUUGUCAACCACGACCAGUGUGCCUAUGCAAUUACCAUGACUACUCACUUACAAGACACUGCCAUGUCUUAUAGUGGUGUAAUGUGAUCACUUGAGCCUCUAAUGUAUCACUGAAAAUGAGUGCUAUAGUUUGUUUUUGGGUACCUAGCUAGCAACAGCUAAUAAGCCACCACUUCAUUCUGCACACUGAAAAUGUAGCUUCAUAAGAGCUUUUACAUUUUCAGAACCAUGAAAAUCAUACUGCUUUUUAAAGAACUUCCAACAUUUCAGGGACUUUUUUCAAGUUCACACAACACUCCACACAGGAACUGCCUGCUGGAAAGACAUGUACUAGAGCAUCAACUGCAUCAUGUCUUCAAUGUUUGCAAAGCGACCAUCCAGUCACAUGGAAUGUUUGUACCUAGGGCAAACACUGCUACCUACUGUCAAUAUGCUCUGCUACAACGCUGUGCUGCGCAACUGUUUUCAUUGCUCAGCAUCAUGUCUGCACUUUUUGCAGCUCUUCCCCCUUGCCUGUAUUAUCUGCCUUGCACUGUUUUGUAUGUACUAUUCCGGCUGUCUGCAUCUUAUUUGUUCGCUUUAUAAUGAUUACCACAUUUCAUUGCUUUCUCCAGUUUUGUUUUGUUUCUGACCCACUCCUGUAUGAGCCUGUAGAGGCUUACAGUAUUGCUAAAAAAAUCGCAUUACUAAAGCAAAUGGCACAUUUUAUUCAAACCUGUAGCACAGGUAUAAUCACAAUUGUUUCAAAGCGUUUGUGGUGUUCUAAAUACAGUUAUAGCCUUUGGUAUUGUCUUGGCAUGCGCAAAUGAGCACACAGUGUCAAAAGAGAUGUGAAUUACAUACUACUGAAGCAAUUUCAAGCUGAAAGAUAUACAGCCAUUACAUUCGAUAUACAAAAAAAAGAAAUGCCAAGGUGUUGCGACAUACUCAUAAAUGCUAACACAUUCCUUGAAAGUUGCAAUAUGACACUGCAGAUUGCUUCACUUAAACCAUUAAUGUCACAUACAUUUACGCAGUAGUACUUCGGUACGAUACCUACUCAAGCCAGCCACUGCCAAGUUAUUUAUGCAAAUGUCCACGUAUACAUUUAAAAAAUCAAAUUAUGGGGUUUUACGUGUAAAAACCACUUUCUGAUUAUGAGGCAUGCCGUAGUGGAGAGCUCCGGAAAUUUCGGCCACCUGGGGUUCUUAAACGUGCACCUAAAUGUAAGUACAAAGGUGCUUUUGCAUUUCGCCCCCAUCGAAAUGCGGCCGCUAUGGCAGGGAUUCGAUCCCUCGACCUCUACCCCCCCAUGCUCAGCAGCCCAACACCAUAACCACUGAGCAACCGUGGCGGGUAUAUAUACAUUUUAAGAGUGCUCUAUGUGACAGCUCUUUACAUGUACAUUUUGUUGUUCACAGAAAG